GGGGGUGGGCCGCCAGGUCGUCUAAGGGAGCCGUGACGAGUCCGGAAGCGCUAGCUAGCGCCCCUCCGCUCGCGAACUAGUUUUGUUCCGCGUCCUCGGGACAGGAGCUUUUCGGGGAGAAGCCCCGGCAGGACCAACCCGACCCCAGCCAGCACCGCAGCAAUGUCCAGCAACAGCUUCGCUUACAGUGAGCAGUCCGGCGGAGGGGAGGCGACGGAGCUGGGUCAGGAGGCGACCUCGACCAUUUCCCCCUCCGGCGCCUUUGGCCUCUUUAGCAGCGAUCUGAAGAAGAAUGAAGAUCUAAAGCAAAUGUUGGAGAGCAACAAAGAUUCUGCUAAAUUGGAUGCUAUGAAACGGAUUGUUGGGAUGAUUGCAAAAGGGAAAAAUGCAUCUGAACUGUUUCCUGCUGUUGUGAAGAAUGUCGCCAGUAAAAAUAUUGAGAUCAAGAAGUUAGUGUAUGUUUACCUGGUCCGGUAUGCUGAAGAACAGCAGGAUCUGGCACUCUUGUCCAUAAGCACUUUUCAGCGAGCUCUGAAGGACCCAAAUCAACUAAUCCGUGCAAGUGCUUUGAGAGUUCUGUCAAGUAUUAGAGUACCAAUUAUUGUACCUAUUAUGAUGCUUGCUAUUAAGGAGGCUUCUGCUGAUUUAUCACCAUAUGUUAGGAAGAAUGCAGCCCAUGCAAUACAGAAAUUGUACAGCCUUGACCCAGAGCAGAAGGAAAUGUUAAUUGAAGUAAUUGAAAAACUUUUAAAGGAUAAAAGCACACUGGUAGCUGGCAGUGUUGUGAUGGCUUUUGAAGAAGUAUGCCCGGAUAGAAUAGAUCUGAUUCACAAGAAUUACCGCAAGCUCUGUAAUUUACUAGUUGAUGUAGAAGAGUGGGGGCAGGUUGUCAUAAUCCACAUGCUAACUCGAUAUGCUCGUACACAGUUUGUCAGUCCUUGGAAAGAGGAAGACGGUUUAGAAGACGAUGAAAAGAAUUUCUAUGACUCUGAUGAUGACCAGAAGGAAAAGACUGACAAAAGGAAGAAGUCAUAUACUAUGGAUCCAGACCAUAGACUUUUAAUUCGGAAUACAAAGCCUUUACUUCAGAGUAGGAAUGCAGCGGUGGUUAUGGCAGUUGCUCAGCUGUAUUGGCACAUAUCACCAAAAUCUGAAGUUGGCAUUAUUUCUAAGUCACUAGUGCGUUUACUUCGUAGCAAUAGGGAGGUGCAGUAUAUUGUCCUACAGAAUAUAGCAACUAUGUCAAUUCAAAGAAAGGGUAUGUUUGAACCUUAUCUGAAGAGUUUCUAUGUUAGGUCAACUGAUCCAACUAUGAUCAAGACACUGAAGCUUGAAAUUUUAACAAAUUUGGCAAAUGAAGCCAACAUAUCAACUCUUCUCCGAGAAUUUCAGACCUAUGUGAAAAGCCAGGAUAAAGAAUUUGCAGCAGCCACUAUUCAAACUAUAGGCAGAUGUGCAACCAACAUCUCAGAAGUCACAGACACAUGCCUCAAUGGCCUGGUAUGUCUCUUGUCCAACAGAGAUGAAAUAGUUGUUGCUGAAAGUGUGGUUGUUAUUAAGAAAUUACUGCAAAUGCAACCUGCACAACAUGGUGAAAUUAUUAAACAUAUGGCUAAACUCUUGGACAGUAUCACUGUUCCUGUGGCUAGAGCAAGUAUUCUUUGGCUAAUUGGAGAAAAUUGUGAACGAGUUCCUAAAAUUGCCCCUGAUGUUUUGAGGAAGAUGGCUAAAGGCUUCACGAGUGAAGAUGAUCUAGUAAAAUUGCAGAUUUUAAAUUUGGGAGCAAAAUUGUAUUUAACCAACUCUAAACAGACAAAAUUGCUUACCCAGUACAUAUUAAAUCUCGGCAAGUAUGAUCAAAACUACGACAUCAGAGACCGUACAAGAUUUAUUAGGCAGCUUAUUGUUCCGAAUGAGAAGAGUGGAGCUUUAAGUAAAUAUGCCAAAAAAAUAUUCCUAGCACAAAAACCUGCACCACUGCUUGAAUCUCCUUUUAAAGAUAGGGAUCAUUUCCAGCUUGGCACUUUAUCUCAUACUCUCAACACUAAAGCUACCGGGUACCUGGAAUUAUCUAAUUGGCCAGAGGUGGCGCCGGACCCAUCAGUUCGAAAUGUAGAAGUAAUAGAGUUGGCAAAAGAAUGGACUCCAGCAGGAAAAGCAAAGAAAGAGAAUCCUGCUAAGAAAUUUUAUUCUGAAUCGGAGGAGGAAGAGGACUCUUCUGAUAGCAGCAGUGACAGUGACAGUGAAUCUGGAAGUGCAAGUGGAGAACAAGAAGAGGAGGGAGACAGUAGUGAUGACAGCAGUGAGGACUCUUCCAGUGAGCAUAAGAGUGACAGUGAAAGUGCAUCAGAAGUAGGAAACAAAAGAACAGCCAAGAGGAACUCCAAAAGCAAACGGAAACGUGAUUCUGAAGAUGGGGAGAACGAAAAUGAAAAAUCUAAAACUUCAGAUUCUUCCAAUGCUGAUUCUAGUUCAAUAGAAGAAAGUUCUUCAGAUUCUGAAUCAGAAUCAGAAUCUGAAAGUGAAUCUGAAUCCAGAAAAGUCACUAAGGAGAAAGAAAACAAAACAAAACAAAAUAUAAAUCCUCUUACCAAAGAUGUUUCACUUCUAGAUCUGGAUGAUUUUAACCCAGUAUCCACUCCAGUCGCGCUUCCCACACCAGCUCUUUCUCCAAGCUUGAUAGCUGAUCUUGAAGGUUUAAAUUUGUCAACUACUUCAUCAGUCAUUACCAAACAAGUAAGAUUAAAGACAUCAGAAGAAAAAUCAAGAAAGACCUCUAAAGAUUAUAACCCUCAUAUAAUGGUCAGUACUCCUGUCUUUGUACCAGUGAAAACUCAUGUGCUGCUUCAUCGAAUGAGUGGAAAAGGACUAGCUGCCCAUUAUUUCUUUCCAAGGCAACCUUGUAUUUUUGGUGAUAAGAUGGUCUCUGUACAAAUAACAUUGAAUAAUACUACUGAUCGAAAGAUAGAAAAUAUCCACAUAGGCGGGAAAAGACUUCCUAUAGGCAUGCAAAUGCAUGUUUUUAAUACAAUAGAAUCUCUUGAGCCUGAGGGAUCCAUUACCGUUUCAAUGGGUAUUGACUUUUGUGAUUCUACUCAGACUGCCAGUUUCCAGUUGUGUACCAAGGAUGAUUGCUUCAAUGUUAAUAUUCAGCCACCUGUUGGAGAGCUGCUUUUACCUGUGGCCAUGUCAGAGAAAGAUUUUAAGAAAGAGCAAGGAAUGCUAACAGGAAUGAAUGAAACUUCUACUGUAAUCAUUGCUGCACCACAGAAUUUCACUCCUUCUGUGAUCCUUCAGAAGGUUGUAAAUGUAGCCAAUGUAGGUGUAGUCCCUUCUGGCCAAGAUCAUAUACACAGGUUUGCAGCUAAAACUGUGCACAGUGGGUCAUUGAUGCUAGUUACAGUGGAACUGAAGGAAGGCUCCACAGCACAGCUUAUCAUCAACACCGAGAAAACGGUGAUCGGUUCUGUUCUGCUGCGGGAGCUGAAGCCUGUCCUGUCCCAGGGGUAACCUGCUUACAUCUGGACUUCAGAAUCUGGCACACAACAAAAGUGCCUGGCAUCCACUACUGCUGCCUUUCAUUUAUAAUAAUAGCCCUUCCAUCUGGCAGUGGGGGAAGAAUACACUCUUGACAUUCUUGUCUCCUGCUUUAGAAUGCUAGUGUGUAUCUAUCAUGUAUGCAGUACUUUCCCCCUUUUCGCUUUGCUAACCAAAGAACAUAUAUUUUACUGUCAAUUUUCUCACCUCUUGAAUCUUUGUGGCAUUUUCUCUGUCCUGCUACUUCUUCUGCCCUUCUCCUCUUCCUUCUCUUUUUCCACAGUGAUGGACAUGAAUUGGGUGUUUUAAGUUCAUUGGAAAUCAUCCUCCCUCCCACCGCAACCAAAAAUUAGCCCUAGAAAUAAUCUAAAUGGCCUCUGAGCUGGGUAUGUGAAAAUACUAUUGCUAUUGGAAUAGCAUACUUUUUAGAAUUAAAUACAGAAACAAUAAGAUCUCUGCAAAAUUUUGUUCUGUGAAUUUCUUGGUAUUGUAAUUGGUUAUUGACAAUGCUCGUCAUGAAAUCAUCUAUGAAUAAUAAACUAGCAUAUGAAUAA